AUGUCUGGACGUGGAAGAUUCCGUGGCCAUAAAAACGAUAGAAAUCAUGGUCACAAGUCUUUGUCUUCUGUAGCAAGAGAAGCUGCUAUUUCUUUACCGGAUGAUAGUCCUGUGCUGCAAAUGUUCAAAGUUGCUGCUCAGAAGCUAAAUGAUCGUCAAGAUCGACAUGAGCGAUUGGUCAAGCUGUCUAGAGAUAUUACAAUCGAAAGUAAAAGAAUUAUAUUUCUUUUACAUUCAGCUAUCACGAUUGAAUCAGCUGAAAUAAAAAUAAAUGAAGCAAAUGAACGACUGCAGAAACUAAUUCAGGGUCCUAUUAAAAGUAUUGGAUUGGAACUAGAAAAUAGCCCUGCUUACUUACACUCCCGUGCUGUAACUGCUGGUUUCCAGGAAUUUAUAGAAGCAAGAACCUUUUGCUCCUUCUUGGAGAAGAAGUUGCUUAUCUCAUGGUCUGAGGUGCAGAAGGAGUUGGAGUAUGUUAUGGAAGAAAAGUCAGUUACUACCAUGUUGACGCAAUCUGAUUAUAUGUUAGGAUUAGCAGAUUUGACGGGAGAAUUGAUGAGAAAAGCUAUUAACAGUAUUUCAAGUGGUGAUAGUAAUGAUUGUUUUGAGUCAUGUCAGGCAGUAAAAGAUCUUUACACUGGAUAUUUAGGAUUAUUUAGUAUAGAUAGAGAGUUAUCUCGUAAAAUGUCAACCACACGAAAUAAUGUGUUCAAAGUAGAAUCAGCUGUGUAUGCACUCAAGGUGAGAGGUGGUGAAGCACCGCCCACAUUACUACUUGCAGCUCAACCAGAUUGGGAGCGUAAUAACCAUUCUGAUGAUGAAGGAUUUUUUUAA